UCCUCUCCAUCAGUUUUAUUACCGUUUCCGAGUCGCAAAGGCAAAGUCCCACGAGCUCUCCUGGUCCAAAACAGUUCUCGGAUACCAAAUUCAAGUGUUGUUCUCAAACAGAGCGAUGAUACGGUGAAGGUUCACCAUGCUGGAGCACUGCAGUUCUGGUUCCGGGUGUCGUCAGGUCGCGGGGAAAUUGGCCAACAAUGUCUGCGGCAUCUUCAGCUGGAAGCACAAGUACCAAGUGGCCAAAGUACAGCGGAGGAACAAUGUAGACCAACCUUCCUUCUUACCGGGCUCUGAGAACUGGGUAGCAGUCCAUUCUCUACAGACGCAGAGAGACGGCGGCAUUCUAGACCCAGACGACAGAUUGCACGAUGUCGCCGAUGACAGGGAGCAGAUCAUUGCCAAUUUUGGCGAAGGGGAAGGGCCACACCAUCACGGCGGCGACGGGGCUUCCGGCAGUUCCGUCGGCACGUCCAGCCCCGAUAUCUUCCAGGCCGGAGAGAAAUUCCAGACUGACAUAGAAGUAACAAACGAGCAGAUAGCCUCUGGAAUCACCGGGCCCCUCCAGGUCCGGCGAGGAAGUGAGCCGGCGUUGAACCAGCUCCUGCCCAACAACGGAGGCGACGUGACCAACGGUCAUUGCAUAGGUAUACCCACGACAAACAACCAGUCGAAGCGAUGGUCGGCGGCGCCUCUGAUAAUCGAGCCGAGGGAAAGGAUACCUGGGAGAAAGGAUGAAAGAGCUCAUCAACAUAUGAAUGGCCAUGAUGAAAAAUGGAGGACCCAUGUAGAGGAGGAAGAAUCUGUUGUUUUAAGGCCUCCACCGAGUUUUGCCAGAGAUGGCUCUAACCGUCUGUCCAUGCAGUUUUUCGGCGAUAACGGUCAUCGAUGGUAUGACGCUGCUGAAAAAGUUCAAUUGCACAACCGCAUGCAGUCCCUUUCUCUACCGAGGGAGCACAAAAGGCGUGAGCCUUUGGGCCAAGCUAACAGCAACCAGCAGAGCGAACCAAACGAAGGAAGGGAAUUUGUCGAGUAUAUUGUACUCGAUACUGGAGGCGGGAGUCUCGGUUUGCAUGUUGUACCUGAGUAUGAUGCGAUGGGGAGAGAAUUGGGAUUACUAGUUCAAGGGGUUGAACCCGGAGGGAGAGUCGAUGCAGAUGGCAGGCUCAACGUUAAUGACAGGAUUGUUGAAAUUAAUGGAAACAACCUUGUUCAACAGCCUUUCAAUGUUGUUCAAGAAAUAUUUAGAGAUUCUCUAAAGAGCCAUGAGCUACGAUUGAGGGUUGUCAAAGGUAAAGGAGCACCUGCUAAGAAGCAGGCUCCACCUCCAGUCUUUCCAAAACCGAACAUUACACAAGAAAGAGCAGAGCCGGUCAAUAUGGUCGAAGGAGAGGAAAGAAGUGUGAUGGGUAGUAAAGUAGCGAUGACGAGGAAAGUCCCAGCUGCUGGGGCAAGCCUCCAGACUGGAAACACGCGCAAGUUGGGCAAGAAGGUCGAGAUCAGCUUGGUAAAAGGGCAGUUUGGUCUGGGAUUCAGCGUUACUACCAGGGACAAUCCUGCGGGAGGAAAUGCACCGAUCUAUAUCAAAAAUAUCCUCCCCAAGGUACAUGGCGCUGCGGUUGAAGAUGGAAGACUGAGGCCCGGUGAUAGACUGCUGGCAGUUGACGGUAUCGAUCUUUCCGGCAAGACACAAGCAGAUGUUGUCGCACUUUUACGAAACGUUCCUCCUGGUUCAUCGGUGAACCUCCUUGUGUCGAGACAUUCCGAAGGAGGACCUUCGAGCCCCAACACGUCAAUGAGCCUUGAUGGAAUGAACACCCCACCUGAAACAACUGGCUCAACUCCGUCUCCUGUCGUCAAAACACCCGAGAAAGACCAUCCUUCAUCAAAUCAUACUAGUAAGAAUGAUUCUAAUGAUGAAAACAACGUUUACCCUUGGAGGCAGAGGGAAAUUAUAACAUUGGAAAUCCCUGUUCACGAAUCAGAAAAAGCUGGAUUAGGAGUAAGUGUUAAGGGGAAAACCUCGUCAACAGCUGCAGCAAAUUCUAACUUUUUAACAAAACACAACAACAUUAACGGCACCUCAACUGUUGGCUUGGGAAUAUUUAUUAAAAAUAUUAUACCCGGUACUGCCGCAGCAAGGGAUGGACGUUUGAAGACAAACGACCAGCUUUUGUAUGUGAACGGUAUCAGUCUUUUGGGACAGUCUAAUGACGCUGCUAUGGAGACGCUGAAAAGGGCCUUGGUUCGGACGGAUGGUCCAGUCCCCGGUGCUAUUUCUAUAACAAUAGCCAGGAAAUUGGCCCAUAGGAGUGAUUCAAUCUCGAGCUUACUCACUGAUUCUUCUGCUAACACAGAGACCUUCACAACUGGUGGAAAGAUAGACGAAAGCUCAGGAAAUGGGGAACAUUCUGGGAAUAGUGAAAAUUCUGACAAUACUGUCAUUUUUAUGCCUCCUUAUAAGAGCAAUGAAACUGAUGGUAUGCGGAAUAGGGUAACAGCACCUCCAAACUCUCUUAAUCAUCUAAUGAACCCUCUUAGAAAUGAGAGUUAUUAUAGAGCAACACAUCACACAUCAAUGAUGGGAAAUGGUAAACUCAUUAGCCCAACUGUCGGAAAUCUUUCAACAGAAGCUGUAAUAAUUGAGGACGAUGAUACUCCAUAUACACCGACUAGUCAGCAGCCAAAAAGUGAAGUGGAUGCCAAGAUCAUCCCGCCCCAACAAAGAAACAGCACUAGCAGCUCUCAGACCAACGAUAUUACAUAUGCCAGCCAGCUCUCACUUGAUGAAGGUGGAGGAUUUUCAAGAGACGCUUUUGGAAGGCAGAGUAUGUCCGAGAAACGCCAUGCUGCGCUAGAUGCUAAAAACACCGAUACCUACCAGAGGAACAAGAAAGCGAGAGAAGAAAGGGAAAACGCAAAAAGGGAAGGAAGGCUUAUCAAGGUCAACUCUGCAGAGUCCAUAGCUAAAUCUGAGAAUAACAACGAUGCCAAAGUACAACUUGGGCCUUCAUUGGGAAUGAAGAAGUCCUCGAGUCUUGAAUCACUCCAAACCAUGGUCCAAGAGAUGCAGAUGUGUGAAAACGAAGAAGGAUCUUUCAGAAGCUCUCAGUCUGGAACGAGAAUUGUUAGGGGCAGAGGGUGCAAUGAAAGCUUUCGCGCCGCCGUUGAUAGACUUGAUCCUUUGGCUGAAGAUGAAGGAGAGAGCCCAUUGGGCAGGCAGGGCCCACUGAACACAUCUCUGGACAGCAAAUCGAGCAAAGGCAAGAAAAGGCAAAGCCUACUGAAGGGGAUUGGUUCGAUGUUUAGGUUUGGCCGAGGAAGGAAAGAUUCAAUUCAUACGAAUGGAAACACAGGAACGUCUGUAAUUCCCACGCUAGAAGAUGAGAGAGAAGCGGCGAGAAAGGCCGCUAAGGAAGAACAGCAACGGAUACAAGAACAGUACAAACGUCUUAUGCAAAAACAAUCUGAAUUUCAACAACAGCAACAGCAACAACAGCAGCAACAACAACACCAGCAACAACUUCACCACCAACAACAGCAACACAGAGAUCAAAAUCAUGACCACCAUCUUCCUCAUGUCCGAGAAGAGCCGGAAAACAAAUACAAUAGUACAAGGAUGGAUGAACCUUCAAGGACAGAAAGGAUAAACAUGCUUCGGCUAGAGCACCAAAGGCGGCAUCAAGAAAGAAGGGGGCAUUAUCCACUUGAAGACACCGAAGAAAGAUACGAACAUCACAUCAAACAACGCUUGGAAAAUGGCGAUUUGGAUAAUGCAGUCCAGAUGAACCGACCAGGAAGUAGAGUUGGUAUUACUGAUCCAUCACGAUUUAGCCAUUAUGUCAAUUACCACGAAAUCCAACAGCAUCUCAAAGAAGAAAUUGCUGCUGUCAAACUACGGAAACCCAAGAGUCAAAAAGUGUCCAACUUGGAGUCAACAGAAGAGAGUCGGAGGCAACAGCAUUACCACUCACAACGUCAAGUCAGUCGGGAGCCAGUCCAUCGGCCUGUGUCCAACUUUUAUGAGUAUGAGAGUGUACAGGCUGUUCUACGAGCGCAGGCGUUGAUCGACUCUGGUUCUUUGCCAAGGCGAUCAGAUGUACCACAGCAAACAUACACAAACGGAUACCCAGUUCAUCACAGGUACAGCCAAAUAAACUACUCCCAGGGCUAUCCGCCAUACGGUGGAAGGCCAUACGGGAAGCAGGGCGGCCCAUUUGUCACACACGUUACGAUAAGAGAGACCCAGCCCAAAGUCUGACAGUUACCUGUAGCAAGGUCCUGCAAGGUGAAGUCCUUCAGCCGCCUGUUUUUUAAAUUAAAAUUGAAAAGACUAAGGAAACUGAAAAGUUGUCUUUUUUAAGAAAACAUUGUAAAGUGUACAGUUACAAUAAUUAAAAUAUUUUAUAUAUAUUUUGCAAUUUUAAAUAUAUUUUAAAAGUGCUGCCAUUUAUUGAGUAAAUGUUAAAAUUUUUUGUGUGUAAUUUUAACGAUUAUACUUUUUAUUCAAUUUAGAAUCAUUUAAGGGGGGGUUCAUUUCAAAUAAUCCAGUUUUUAAAUUAUAUACAAGUAUUAUGAAAUAAUUUAACUUUGUGAUAAAAUUCAUUCCAAAUCAUUGUAUUUUAGAAGGAAUAUCUGUACUUAAUAUAUUAUGUUUUAUUUACAACUUAUUAAAAAAAUAUUAUAUUGAAUGUCUAUUUUUAAAUGAAAUGUUAUAAUGUAUAUAUUUAUAAAGGAGUUAGUACUUUAUUUUGAUCAUGUUGUCAGUCUUUUUAUACGUUGAAAUUUUAAAUUGCACUUGGUAUGUUUUAGCUUGAAAAGGCAUGGAUAUUACUCUCACUUUUUUUUCUCUAAUUUUAGUCAAAAUUUUGUAUAUAAACCAUGAAAUAAUCAAAGCUCAAAUUAUAUAUAUUUGAAUAUUGUAUAUAGCUAUUGCAUAAUUGUUUGAUAACAAUCGGUGCGUUAUCAAAAGCGGUGGAAAAAUUAAUCUAAAGGAGUGCUCGGGAGUAAAAAGGCUGUGAAAACAAACUUAGCAAUUUAUUGAAAAUUUCCUUAUGUAUCUUAAGACUCUCAACUUGAUGAAAUGUAUAUUUUACUUAUGAUAUUUCUAAGACAAAUCUAAUUAUCAUUUUGUAAAUAUUAAAGUAAAUAAAUGAAUUAUGUGAUUCA